AUGGAAACGCAAUCAGAGAUUGAGCAACUGAGAGGAAAUGCUGAAAAUCUUGCCAAAUGUCUCCAUGCUUUACUGGAAAAGAUUGAAGAGUUGGAGAGAAAACGUGGCGACUCAAAUGGCAAAAACGGCUGCGAAUUGAAAGUUCGAGGUGACGAAGACGAAAACGAGAAAAUAGUAUCAAUUGAGGAUAAUAUCACCACAGACCCUGUCACUGGUCUCAAAAAACGAACGAUCGUCACAGAAAGAGUGCUCACAACGAAAACUUUCCACAGUUUAUCAUUAGGUGACGGUGAAAUAGCAAAAACUCAGAGACCACUAACAAUCGGAAAAGUUCUUUGUUCUGCAUACCAAUCCCGCGCAGUGAAGGUUGAUGCUAGACAGCUGAAUCAAAUUGAAACUGAGUUGAUUUCCGGACAGCUUGUUGUGACCAAUGUUAACUCCGCUGCAAGACCAGAUAUACACCCUGGUGAUACUAUCACGGAAGUCAAUGGCGAAACUGUAACAAAAUCGAGUCAAAUCAAAGGCUUGGUAGGUAAAUUGGUGUUGACAUUGGUUCCAGCUCCGAUACACAAUGCUCCGCCGCUUUUCUAUCGAGUCUUAUGUGAUUAUUCCUCUUCAACGGAUGAGAAUGGUUGCAAAUGGUUGCCAAUCGAGUUAAAGCGUGGGGAUGUUAUCCAAGUCAUGAGUGAGGAUGGGAAGUUCACCCAGGGCCGCAAGAUCAAUGAUUUGUCAAAAGUUGGAUAUAUUCCUAGUAGCUUGGCUAGAGAAAAGGUAAAAUAA